UUUAUUUUGAAAGGACUGUUUUACAAAUUAUGCGUUUCGUGUUGAGGAUUUUAACACUUUUUGUUGCUUUCUUCUCGAUAAUUUGUCCUUUGUCCAAUGGUUUCAUCCCUCAGAUCACAGACAGAAUCGAGACGGCUGUCGUACAGGAAAAAGGUACUGCUUACCUUAAUUGCACUGCAGUCAUAGAGGAACAACAGGAAUCCCAAAUUAGCUGGUAUCGUACUGUAGACAAGCAACAAAUCUCAUCUGGUAGUACACUUAAAGAUCCUGUUCGUCGUGGUCCUCAUGGAGUCAGCAAAUAUGCAGUUAGAUUUCUUCCUGGAAGACCAAAUUACGCUCCUAAUAUGGCUGGUGUUGACGUAAACAAAUUACGUACCUACCAACUGAUUGUUCGAUUUGUAGAUAUUAAUGAUGCAGAUACACAAUUCAAAUGUGUUAUUGAAUUGAGAACUACACCAGUUGAUCAAUGGCCUGUAGCGUAUGGGAAUAUUAUCGUGAAACGCGCUCCUGAGAUUCUUCCGGGGUUGACAUCUAAAAUUGUGACAGAAGGCGACUCUUUGACAUUAGUUUGUCGUGCUCAAGGCUCUCCACCACCGAUGAUAAGUUGGACUAGAGCUAAUGGAAGACCUCUGUCACUUCCAGGCUCACCACAAAGAAUUUAUAAUUCGACACUACAUAUUCCUCGUGUUGAUCGUUAUGAUCGUGGCGUUUAUCGAUGUUAUGCAGUUAACAAUGUCGCUGGAUCAGCUGAAUACGAUGUAAUGGUUGAAGUCAAUUAUGCACCACACGUUCGUGAAGCUCGGUUCAAGGGAGCUUAUGGACAGGUAAAUAACGAUUUGACAUAA